AUGCAAUACGAACUCGGCGUGCCUCGCAGCCAAUACAUCAACGUCGAGUUCGCCACCUCCAAAUUCAACGCCUCCAGCAUCUCCGCGCUCUCCUCCCUCGUUUUCAUUCUCUUCCUUGCCAGUAUGAUGAUCCCGCGCGGCCGCGGCGGAGGCAUGGGCAUGAUGUCACGUGUCAUGGGACUCGAGUCCAAAACCGUCGAAAUCGUCAAGAACACGGGAGUUACGUUUAAAGAUGUCGCGGGAAUCGACGAGGCGAAGCAGGAAAUCAUGGAAUUCAUCGACUUCCUCAAAAACGGAGACAAAUACGCCGCUCUCGGCGCGAAACUCCCUAAAGGAGCGAUUUUGUCGGGUCCGCCAGGAACGGGUAAAACGUUGCUGGCGAAAGCGGCGGCAGGCGAAGCAAACGUUCCGUUUUUGAGUAUCAGCGGUUCGGAUUUCGUGGAAUUGUUCGUGGGAAUGGGAGCGAAGCGAGUGCGCGAAUUGUUCGCGGAGGCGCGGAAGAACGCGCCGUGCAUCGUGUUUAUCGACGAGAUCGACGCGGUGGGGAAGAAGCGAAACGAAGGCUUCUCGGGGUCGAACGACGAGCGCGAGCAGACGUUGAAUCAGAUUCUGAUCGAAAUGGACGGCUUCAAGCCGCGCGACGGCAUCACGAUCUUCGCCGGAACCAACCGGCUGGACGUUCUGGACCCCGCGCUGCUUCGCGCCGGUCGAUUUGACCGGCACAUCACAGUGGACAAACCCGACCUGGAGGGCCGCAAGCAGAUCUCCAAGAUUUAUCUGUCGAAAGUGGUGCUGGACGGGGACACCGACGAAAUGGCGCAGAAGCUCGCGGAGAUGACGCCGGGGUACACAGGCGCGGAUAUCAACAACAUCGUGAACGAGGCGGCGAUCAUCGCCAUCCGCAACAAACACGAGAAAGUGCAGCUCACCGAUCUGAUCUCGGCGGUCGAUCGCGUGCUCUGCGGCAUGGAGAAGAAGCACAACCUCAUGACUCCCGAGGAGAAGCGGAGAAUCGCGUAUCACGAAGCAGGACACGCGAUGAUUGGCUGGUUCAGCGAUCACGUGGACCCCAUGCUCAAAGUCACGAUCGUGCCUCGCUCCAACGGCGCGCUGGGCUUCACGCAGAGCCUCCCCAAGGAGAUACCGCUCUAUUCGCAAGAAGAACUCAGCGAGAUGGUCGUGCAGCUGAUGGGCGGCCGCGCCGCGGAGAAACUGUUCUGCGGAAGCAUGACGACCGGCGCGUCGGACGAUCUGAACAAGGCCACGAAGCUGGUGUACGGCAUGGUGGCGGGCUAUGGCUUCAAUGACACCGUGGGACCGGUGAAUUAUCAGCAGUCGGAGGAAGGCUUCCAGAAGCCUGAGGCGACGGGGCGGGAUAUCGAUAAUGAGGCGCGGGCGGUGUUGAAGAAGUCGAUGGAGAAGGCGCUAGCGAUGUUGGAGGAGAAUCGGGAGCGGAUGGAGAAGGUGGCGGAGUUGCUGCUGGAGAAGGAGACGAUUACGUCGGUGGAUAUGGAGGAGAUUUGUGGACCGAGAAGAGGACGCAAACCGUCGGGGUACUCGCAGAUUGUGCGAGAUGUGCAGAAGAACGAGGCGAAGAAGAAAGAGAAAAAGAAGAUGGAAGAGGAAGAGAAGAAGAAGGAGAAGGAAGGAGGAGGAGAAGAGAAGAAGGAGGAGGAGGAGAAGAAGGAGGAGCUGAAAGAAGAAAAGAAGCGUAGUUUUGGCGAACGUGUUUGUUUUAGAUGCUCUCACUUGCGAAGAGAUUGUGGGUACGCUAGCUCGCGAUUCAUUGUAGAAGUCGGUGCCGAACAUCGUAUAUUCCUUUCAUUUCGAUUUCAAAAUCAUAUUUCUCGAGUUCUGCUGAAAGUGAUAUUUUUAAAGAGUUCGCAUUUGCUGUUUUUCUCAUCCUGUAGAUAUGAGUCAAUUCAAAAGCGUGGAACAGAGAGAGAAUAUGUUUCAUACAAACCGGGAGACAUUAUCCACGGAUUCCGAUGUGUUAAUGUUCGUCCUGUUCCAGAACUGAACCUGACUGCGUUCCAAUUUGUUCACGAGCGGACAGGCGCUGAUUACGUGCAUUUAGAUUGUGCGGAUACAGACAACACUUUCAGUGUUACCUUCCGUACUCCCUGUGAAAACGACACAGGUGUCAGCCACAUCCUCGAGCACACCACCUUGUGUGGUAGUGAGAAAUACCCUGUACAUGAUCCCUUCAUGAAGAUGCGAAAACGCUCUCUCCAAACCUUUAUGAACGCCAUGACAUUCGACGAUCACACCAGCUACCCCGUCAGUUCCACAAUUCCCCGCGAUUUAGCGAAUCUGAUGGACGUUUACUGCGACGCGACCUUUUUCCCGCUUCUCCGCCUCGCCGACUUCCAACAAGAAGGCUGGCGAUUCGAGGAGAACGAGAUCAAGGGCGUCGUGUUCAACGAAAUGAAAAACUACCAAUCCGAUCAAACACGCGCGCUGUUUAACGCAGCGAGCAGCGCGUUUCUGAAGGGAACGAACUAUCAAUUCGUUUCGGGAGGCGUUCCCGCUUCGAUCCCGCGGUUACGCUACGAAGACCUUUUAGAAUUCCAUCGAACACACUAUCAUCCCAGCAACUGUUUGCUCUACACGUACGGAGACAUUCAUCCUUCCCAUCACAUGCGGUUUUUGGACUCGCAGCUGCUUCAGCGAUUCAAAAAAGAGCAGAAGAGCAAAUCGAUUCACGUUUCGACCGUCCAAUCCGCCGUUUUGGAUGCGUCGGAGCGAAGUGAAUUCACGGCUCCGCCGAACGCAGAUCCGAAUGCACAGGGGUGGCAUUAUCUUCGAAUCGUUCCGACGAAUUUAACCACGGAAAGCGAAGACACGCUAAAGCUGCAGCUCUUGUCGAUGCUGCUGUUUCGCGGACAAUCAUCCCCGUUUUAUAAGAGCAUGAUCGAAUCGAAGAAAGCGCAGCUAUUCAAUCCGAUUCAGGGGUAUAUGGCGUUUAGUAAGAACUCGUUCUUUGGGAUCGGAGGCAGCGAAAUUCCGCUGGAUGUAACAGAAAAAGAGUUUGAGGAGAUGAUUCAGAAGACGUUGGAAGAUGUGCUGCGCGAUGGGUUUGAAGAGAGAAGAAUCAAUGGGUUGUUGAACGAGUUGGAGUUGUCGAUGCGACAGAAAGUAACGCGUGCGAAGUGUUCGUUGUGUUUGUUAUGCGUAGAAUUCGGCCUUUCGUUGAUGCAAGGCGUUGCGACGGCAUGGACGCACAACGCAGAUCCAACGUUUUGCUUGUUGUUGAAAGACCAGCUGCAGGAAAUGAAGGAGAAGGGAGUGAACAACGUCAUGAAGGAAAUGAUUCGAAAGUAUUUGCUCCCUGCGAACAAUCGCGGAGUCAAAACGGUGAUUGUGAAGCCGGAUGCUCAUUAUUUCGAUAAGAUCGUGAUCGUUUUGCGGAUGAAUAAAGCGUAG